AGUGUUCCUUCUUUUUCUGCUGCUUUUCUUGCACAGUUGCAUUAAUCACAGCUCUUCGGAAAGGUUGGCAGCAAGCUGAAGAAAUCUGGGAAGCAUGUCUGCGCUCAACAGAAGGGUCGUUAACACUCCGUCGGCCCCGGGUGCCAUCGGCCCAUACAGCCAGGCGGUGAUCGUGGACAGAACCAUGUACAUCUCCGGUCAGCUGGGGAUGGACGUCGCCUCCGGGAAGCUGGUAGAUGGAGGAGUGCAGGCUCAGGCCAAACAGGUGCUCAUCAAUAUUGGGGAGAUCCUUAAAGCUGCCGGCUGCGACUACAGCAACGUGGUGAAGACUACUGUGUUGCUCGCAGAUAUAAAUGACUUCAACAACGUCAAUGAGGUCUACAAGACAUUUUUCAGCAGUAACUUUCCUGCCAGAGCUGCCUACCAAGUCGCUGCUCUCCCCAGAGGUGGGCUGGUGGAAAUCGAGGCGAUCGCUGUUCUCGGUCCUGUCUCCGACUCCUGACUAGCCCGCUGCAUCACUAACAAGCUGUAGCGCCACCAAGCGUCAUUAUAGAUUCAAUGUGGAAGCCUGAUUGUAUUUCCAGAGAUUACCUGAAGUGCCACAAAUUUCACCAAAGUCUUUUUCAGUCUUUCAAGAUUUAAAUUCAGAGCAACAUUGAGUUGUUAACACUUCACAGCCUGCUCGUUAAACAGACAGUAGGGAUCCAGUAGGACUGGACACAACAUCAAGCCUCUUGGCUUCUGGUUUGAUAACUUCACUCA